AACAACACAGACAAGAAAAAGAGCCUCUACCGCCGCUACGAAGACAAGAAGCGCGGCCCGGGCCCCACGGACGAAGACAUCCUCAAGUACACCGGCAAGACGCGCGACCAGCUCAACGCCUGGGCCGAGACGCAGCCCGGCGUGGGCAAGAACCAGGCCGCGGGCAAGAUCAGCGUCGGCCCGGCGUCGGGCUUCGCGGGCGCGGGCGCGGCCCAGGGGCUGGGCGGAUGGGGGGCGGAGGGGACGAGGAAGAUGAAGUUUCCGCCAGAGCAGGCGGCUGUG